CGUGUCGUCAACAAAAGUUUUCAAUUCUCUCGUGAAUUCAAAUAUUUAAUUUUAUUAAAGAAAUCAAAGAAGUAUAAUUAUUUAAAAUGGCAAAAUUGAUCAAAACUGAUGAUGGAACUCUCAUGACGAUUCCAGAGAUGCUGAAAAGUAUUGAAAGAUACAAUCCAACUCAUUUUGUAUUUCUCGAGCAAUAUGUUCAGGAACAGGCUAAAGAGAAUACUUAUGAUCUCGAUGCAAAUCUCGCUGUCUUGAAAUACUAUCAAUUCAACCCACUUGCAUUGAAUCUGAACAUAACACAUUUAAUUCUUCUGAAAGCAUUAACGAAUCUUCCAUUCAGUGACUUCGUUCUUUGCAAGUAUUUGCUUCUACCAACUCAGAUGAGAGAUGAUACAGUCAAAGAAAUCAUAUAUAUUGCUGAUAUCCUCGAACAAUGCGAUUUUGUUCUGUUUUGGCAAACUGUUCAGAAUAAGGGCGCUCUAUUCGAGAAAAUCACAGGAUUUUAUGAUUCUGUACGUAAGUUUGUAUGUCACGUUGUUGGCACAACCUUCCAAACGGUAGACAAGGUUUACCUAUCAAAACUUCUUGGUAAUGUAGAUGACAAACAACUAACUCAUUGGGUUAAAAAGCACAACUGGACCAUGCAAGGAGAUAUCGUCACCAUUAUUAAACAAGAAGAGACCAUCAAGACGAAACACAUUGCUGAGAAAAUUGAUUUUGAAAGUUUGGGAGGUUUAAUGGCAAAUUGCUUCAGUACAAACAAUAACAAGAUGAGUGUUGAAGACGAAGUGCUUCGAAUCCAUAAAAAACUUAGUAAAAUUACAUCAAGUGGAACGGACAAUCAAACUCAGGCUUUGGAUUUACUUAAAGCAUUACAAAACCUUAAAAUUGAUUUGGAUAUUCUAACAAGCACAAGAAUUGGAAUGGCUGUAAAUGAAUUGAGAAAGUGUAGCAAAGAUGAAGAAGUCAUAAAUUUGUCAAAAAAACUUAUCAAGAAUUGGAAAAAACUGUUAGCAAGUAACCCUGAAAGUCCAAAAUCUUCUCAAAAAUCAUCGAAUGGAAGUAGCGCGAGCAAACCAUCUAGCAAAGAUAGCAACAAGGAUGAUAAGAUCAAAGAUUCUAAAAGUAAGAGCAGUUCCCAAACCAAUUUCCCUCCUCCAUCAAGCAGUUCAACAACUGACGUUGUUCGCUUAAAAUGUCGAGAGAUGCUUGCUGGUGCUCUCAAAGUUGAAGACUACCCUGAUGGAUGUGCAUCAGCAGAAGAGUUGGCUGAGGAGCUUGAGGAAGCUAUUUUUGCAGAAUUCAAAAACACUGAUAUGAAAUAUAAAAAUCGUAUUCGAUCGCGUGUUUCUAACUUAAAGGAUACUAAGAAUCCUGGUUUGCGUAACAACUUCAUCACCGGCGUUAUCUCUGCCAGUCGCUUUGCUAAAAUGACACCAGAAGAAAUGGCAAACGAUGAAAUGAAGAAACUGCGUGAGAAGUUUGUCAAAGAGUCAAUCAAUGAUGCUCAAUUGGCGACGGUUCAAGGAACAAAAACAGAUUUACUAAAAUGUGGCAAAUGUAAGAAAAAGGAUUGCACAUAUAAUCAGCUACAAACACGUUCUGCUGAUGAGCCCAUGACAACUUUUGUUAUGUGUAAUGCAUGUGAACAAGGAAAAUCAAUGUCAAACUACACAAGAAUGUUCCGAGGGAAAAUGCGAACGAGUACCUGUCGGAUCAUUCUAAUUACUUCACUGGCAUGGCUGUUAAUCGACGUUAUUAUUAUAAUGAAAUACACUGAUGGAUUAAAUGGUGGAAUAUUUAAAAAAUCUCGAGACAAUGGGCAACAAUCUCAUAAUGUGGCGAGUCUAAGUGGUGGACAUCAUGUCAUUGAUGAAGACCCCAUCGUAGAUGAAGAGGAAAUUGACACAAAUUUAAAUAAUAUUGAUAAUGGUGAUGAGAUAGUUAAACGCAUAUCAAAAACAUAUCGUACAGUAGAUUUGAAAAAAUGGAGACCAGCACCAGUAGUAAAGGAAAAUCCUGGAAAACCAGGUGAAAUGGGAAAGCCAGUAAAGAUGAAAUCUUAUCAACAAGAAGAAAUGAAAGAGAAGUUUAAAGAGAAUCAAUUUAAUUUACUUGCGAGCGACAUGAUUUGGCUUAAUCGUUCACUUUCUGAUGUUCGCCAUAAAGAUUGUCGGACCAAGACUUAUCCAGGCAAAAUGCCGACAACUUCAAUUGUCAUUGUGUUUCAUAAUGAAGCAUGGUCGACACUUCUCCGUACGAUAUGGAGUGUUAUCAAUCGAUCACCAAGGCCUUUACUCAAGGAAAUUAUUCUUGUUGAUGAUGCCAGUGAGCGAGAAUAUUUAGGUAAAAAGCUGGAAGAUUAUGUUCAAACGCUUCCAGUGUCAACUUACGUUCUUCGAACGGGAAAACGUUCUGGGCUGAUAAGAGCUCGUUUAUUAGGAGCUGCUAAUGUUAAAGGCCAAGUUAUUACAUUCCUCGAUGCACAUUGUGAGUGCACAGAAGGUUGGCUAGAACCGCUUUUAUCGAGAAUUGUCUUAGAUAGAAGGACAGUUGUCUGUCCAAUUAUAGAUGUUAUAAGCGACGAAACAUUUGAAUAUGUCACCGCAUCAGAUCAGACAUGGGGCGGCUUUAAUUGGAAGCUUAACUUCCGUUGGUAUCGCGUGCCAUCAAGGGAAAUGUCGAGAAGAAACAACGAUCGAACAGCUCCAUUGAGAACACCAACAAUGGCUGGCGGAUUAUUCUCGAUAGACAAAGAUUAUUUCUACGAAAUUGGAUCUUAUGAUGAAGGCAUGGACAUUUGGGGCGGUGAAAAUCUUGAAAUGAGCUUUCGCGUCUGGAUGUGUGGCGGAAUUCUGGAGAUAGCGCCAUGCUCAAGAGUGGGUCAUGUUUUUCGAAAAUCUACGCCAUAUACGUUUCCUGGUGGAACGUCGCAGAUCGUUAAUAAGAAUAAUGCUCGCUUAGUUGAAGUAUGGCUAGAUGAAUGGAAAGAAUUUUACUACAAUAUUAAUCCUGGAGCUCGUAAGACAUCUGCAGGUGACGUGUCAGGUCGAUUACAAUUAAGAGAGCGACUACAAUGUAAGAGCUUCCGUUGGUAUUUAGAAAAUAUUUAUCCUGAAAGUCAAAUGCCUUUGGAUUAUUAUUUCUUGGGAGAAAUACGAAAUGCCGAGUCACAUAAUUGUCUUGAUACAAUGGGGCAUAAAUCAGGAGAGAAAGUUGGUAGCAGUUACUGUCACGGACUGGGUGGUAAUCAAGUCUUCGCUUAUACAAAACGGCAACAAAUCAUGUCAGAUGAUAAUUGUCUUGAUGCAUCAAAUGCAAAUGGUCCCGUGAAUCUUGUUAGAUGUCAUGGAAUGGGCGGAAAUCAAGAGUGGAGUUAUGAUGAAAAUGAUCUCACAAUUAAACAUGUGAACUCUGGAAAUUGCCUAACACGACCAACAAAAGACGAUCCUUCAACGCCACUUCUCAGACCUUGCAAUUAUUCAAAAGGUCAGCAAUGGUUAAUGCAAUCAAAGUUUAAAUGGCAAUCAAGACACGGAUCAGAAGAUGAGAAGCGAAGAUAGGAUUUACUGAAACUAGCCAACAUGGAAUAAAGACUAAGUUAUAAAACAUUUAACGUUCCAACACUUGUUGUAAAUUAGAUUCAUUUACGUUUAUUUUAUUUUUAUUUUUUUCCUAUUCAAUGAUAAUUUUAAUGUUGAAUGAAAAUUUCAUAUUUGACAAUCAGAUAAGUGAAUUUGAAAGUAACAAAGGUUGGUUGGUUUCUAACGCAUGUUGAUGGAACGAAGUGGAACAACUUUUCGUAGCAAAUAAGCGAACAAAAUAAUUGUGAUCCAUUUGAUAUCAAAUGUGUUGAUUAUUAUUACCUCGGAAUAAGAAUUCUUUUUAUUUUUCUCAUCUCAAUCUUCCUUUUUUAUUAAUAACCCAACACAAUAUAAAGGAUAGAAGAAGAAAUAUUUUGCAUAUCAACACAUGCAGAAAAGUGCACAUUAUUUAAGGUCUGAUUGAGAGACGAAAACUCGGUAAAAGAUGAAGAAAUUAGAACAAUAUCUAGAAGAAAAAGAAGCAAAUAAAUGUUACGUACUAAUGUGCCACAAGACACAACUGGAUGAUGUUGAAAAGGCAGCAGAUUAAAAAAUUAAUGAAAUAAAAGCAAAACAUUAUUAAAUUCCUAAAAUCUUCCAUCGCAAUAAACGACAGAACAGAAAGAACAAAUUUAUUGUAAAUAAACAAUUAAUUUUAUUCUCUAACUCUUUGGUGUAGGUGCAAUUUUAUAAAUUCUUCUGCUUUCCUGUCACUUUGCGACUAUUAGAAUUGUAAGAAGAAUCUUUUAUCAUUAAUUAUCGAUUAGUUCCGAUCAAAUUUUUAUGUUUUAUUACCUAGACGCAUAAGAAGAAAAGAAAACUUUGUGAUCGUCAUUAUAUCCACUUACGGUGAGAUCAAAAUUAAUUUGUGAUUUGAUAAAAUAAUUUAAAAGAAAAUGUACAUAAUGACGAUUGCCAAGGGAUUCUUGUAAACAAAUAAAAUUAUAAUAAAGCCAUUAUUUAAUUUAUUCUUACAAAACAAAUGAAAGUUUCCUUCUUUUUUUUACUUUAAUAGAAGACUUGAAUAAAAGAAUAAAUUUAUACGAA